CAAAAUUCGAAUUUCGAAUCAAGAUGUAGUGGCGCGCGAAUCCUCGCCGAGAGAGGUUGUGUUGAGUUUUGUUUGUCUAUGGAUAUUAGAAUACUGUUAUUUAUUUACCUAUCGUACGUGUUUCGUGCUAGAAGUUUAGUGUAAUUAAUAAACUAAAUUGUUUUCCAUUACUUUUAUUAUAACGGUACAUGCUUCAAAUACAUCGCAAUUCGCAAUGGAUCUUAAUAAUCUCAAAAGGACACAAAAAUGUGAAAAACUAAAAUGAGACACAAAAGUAUGUUUGUGCUAGUGAUGUGCUGAAUUGAAUCAUAUCGAUGAACUAACGACAUGGAUUUGGAUAUGCAUAACUCGACGCUGGACACGAUAUAUCCGCGGGAGGCGACCAUCAUGGCGGCCGCGUGUGCCUGCAUCUUCAGUAUAGUUGGUGUUUUAGGCAACUUCAUAACAACAGUGGCACUACUCAUGCAUCCAAAACUGCGCGGUCAUGUGACAACCAUGUUCGUGCUUUCCCUCUGCGUGUCGGAUCUUCUGUUCUGCAGCAUCAAUCUACCGCUUACAGCAAGCAGGUACAUCAAACAGCAGUGGGUGUUGGGUCCGCGGCUGUGCCAGAUGUUCGCGUUCGUGUUCUACGGGAACGAAGCUGUGUCUCUGCUCUCUAUGGUCGCUAUCACCAUAAAUCGAUACACGUUGAUAGCGUACUACGACAUGUACUCGCAAAUCUACACCACCACCAAGAUCUGGAUACAGCUGCUGCUCAUCUGGCUCGUCUCUUUUGGCUUGAUGGUACCACCUCUCCUCGGCAUCUGGGGCCAACUAGGUCUAGACCCGGACACGUUUUCGUGCACGAUCCUCCCCAAAGACGGGAAAAGCCCCAAGAAGUAUCUAUUCGUGUUCGGUUUCGCGCUGCCCUGCGUCGUGAUCAUCGUGUCCUACUCCUGCAUCUACUGGCGCGUCAGAGAGAGCAAGAGGAAGCUUGAAGGUCGCAGGUGUGUAUGUGGCAAACUCAGUGGACAAACAGCCAAAGAAAAGGAAGAAGAUUCCCGCCUCACAACGUUAAUGCUAACAAUAUUCCUGUGUUUCCUCGCUUGUUUCCUCCCUCUCAUGAUUAUGAACGUCUCUGAUGACGGCAUCACAUAUCCUUGGCUGCAUAUAAUCGCGUCAAUAUUGGCCUGGGCCUCUAGUGUGAUCAACCCCAUAAUAUACGCAGCAACCAAUAGACAAUAUAGAGCGGCGUAUGGCAACCUUUUGAAGUUUUGCAAAAAUAACCCCGUCGCUCGAAGAACUACGUGGGGAAGUAGGACUGUGGGGCAUUCAUCAAAUUCUCCACAUUACGUUGAUAAUAAACGGAAUAAUUUGAAAGAAAAGCCAACUAAUUUAUAGGCUUGCUGUAAUUACUUGUUGAUACCAAGUCGCAAAGUGUAUAAGGACCAUUAUAAUUAUUGUUGAAUUUUGAAUCGAUCUCGUUAUAAAUGGAACUCUCUGAAAAUUGUGUCGAUUAUUUAGUUGAUACUAAAAAAAAUAACAAUUGAACGUAGAUAGUAGCGUAUUUGUGAUUUAAACAUAUAACAAGUGUAAAUUAAAAAUCUAUAACACCCCCGACAAGUGAAGGUUACAGUAACUAGAAAAGAGCUGAUAACUUUCAAACGGCUGA